UUUCCUCAACACAAAAUGACUCCAGUGCCUAUCUUUGUAUUGAUGGGAACCGCUGGAUGUGGUAAAACAAGUGUUGCUGAACAGAUUCAGUUGUACUUGGGAUGCAAGUAUCUUGAAGGUGACUCACUUCAUCCUCCACAAAACGUUCAGAAAAUGACUUCAGGGCAACCAUUAAAUGAUGACGAUCGUUGGCCAUGGCUUCGUAGUAUCCGUGAUCAUAUAAUCGCACAAGCCCAAGAAUUGCAACCAUUGGACAAUGAUUCAAAGAAAAGAGUUGUCGUUGUUACGUGCUCCUCGCUUAGAAAAGUGUACCGCGACAUUUUACGACAAGUACCAGAAGAACUUGGAACAGUCAUCUUUGUUUAUCUCAAAGGAUCAUAUGAGCUUCUAUUACAAAGAAUUCAAAACCGUAAAGGGCAUUUUAUGCCUGCUAAAAUGCUUCAAUCCCAAAUAGAUACUCUAGAGGAACCUGAUGAAAAGAUAGAAAAAGUAAUUGUCGCAAGCAUUGUGCCCCCACCUAUAGAAGAAGCAAAGCAUAUUAUUGAUGCUGCUGUCGAAAAGGGAUAUUUGCCUGCUACUGUUCAGCAGUAAUUCUUAGAGAAUAUAUUUAUUUUGUAGAUCUACAUGUAAUAAAGCUUUUCCUAUUUCUUUAAUCCCAUUUCAUCUAAACCCUAUCUAUUUGACGGGAAAUAAAAUUUACCCCAAGUUUUCAACUGGUUUCCAUUUCUGGAAUACGCUUUUUUUUUAACAGUAGCUGCUGAUUCAUG